CAGUCUGUUUAUAACGUGUGAAGCCUUCAGGUGGUCCGACUCUGAGCUGUCCGCUGCAUCAGGACCGCGGAGGUGGAAUAAACCCGGAGGUCCUCAUCAGGAACUUCUGCUCGAUAAACACGUCCUGGAGGUGUUUUCCAGCUGUACAGGCAGGUACCAGGGUGCCGCCUAGAUCAGGGGCCUCAGGGCUGAACUCUGCCCCAGCUGUGCACCUGCUCUCUACUGACCUGAACGCUACGCUGCCAUUCAGUGUGUGAUGUGACCAGCUGGACGGCCCUUCCUCCAUCAAUCUCUCCACAUCAGUGAAGAUCAACCAGAGAUGACACUGAUUUCUGCUGCCGCCCUGCAGGCAGCAGGAGAACGUAGGACCGGAAGAUCAGGCUUUCUUCAGAUACUGAUGCUGUGUAUCCUCCCGCUGCUGUGGCUGCAGCCUGCAGACUCCAACGCCGCCCCGGACGGCAACACAUGGAGCCAAACAGGGCCGCGGCUGCAGCUGUCCCACACCGAUCUGAGGAAUGGUUCGGCGGUCUUCUGGGAGGGCGGAGUCAGCGGCGGCUACCAGGCAUUGUUGUUGGACGAAGAUCGAGGUUGGCUGCUGGUCGGAGGGAAAGACCACAUCUACCUGCUGAGCCCUGACAGCCUGGAUCUGCCCACACGGACGAUCUACUGGCCGGCUGCCAGAGAACAUGUGGAGCACUGCAGGCUGGCAGGCAAAAGUCUGGAGAGCGACUGUGCCAACUUUGUGCGUCUGCUGCAGCCUUUCAAUAAGACUCAUGUUUAUGCUUGUGGCACUGGCGCCUUCCAUCCACAGUGUACAUACCUCCACCUCGGGCACAACUCAGAAGAGUUCACGUUGUCCCACACAAGGGAGUCAGGAAGAGGAAAAUGUCCCUUCAGCCCCAGAGAGCCCUUCACUGCAAGACUGACUGAUGGUGAACUGUAUGCAGGCACCUCGGUAGAUUUUAUGGGCGCAAAUGCCGCUAUCUUUCGGACGUCAGUCCAAGGCAGCAGUCAGCAUUACAUCCGGACUGAAGCCUACGAUCACAACUGGCUCAAUGAGCCGGAGUUUGUGGGCUCCUUCUCCAUCCCUGACACCCACAGCCCAGACGACGAUAAAGUCUACUUCUUCUUCAAGGAAAAGGCAGUGGAGGCCGACCAAUGGGACAGGAGGGUCUACAGCCGAGUGGCUCGAGUCUGCAAGAAUGAUGUUGGGGGGAAGAGGAGUCUGAUCAACCGCUGGACCACCUUCCUCAAAGCCAGACUGAUCUGUUCUGUCCCUGGUCCAUCUGGAGUUGACACACAGUUUGAUGAGCUAGAGGACAUUUUUGUUCUGGAGACCAAGGAUCCUCAAAACCCAACUAUCUACGGUGUCUUCAGCACAUCCAGCUCGAUAUUCCGUGGUUCGGCUGUGUGCGUGUACUCCAUGGCAUCUAUCCGUGCUGCUUUCAACGGUCCGUUUGCCCAUAAAGAAGGUCCCGACUAUCGCUGGGUGGAGUACAAAGGCCGCAUCCCUUACCCGAGACCCGGAACUUGUCCCAGCGAGACGUACGAUGCUCUGCACAAGUCCACCAAGGACUUCUCAGAUGAGGUGGUGAGCUUCAUGCGGCAGCACCAGCUAAUGUGGGAGCCUGUCCUGCCUCUGGGUGGGAGACCUGUCCUUACCCGAGUCAACUCGCCCUAUACAUUAAAGAAGGUUGUAGUAGACAAGGUGGAAGCUGAAGACGGACCGUAUGACGUCUUACACCUGGGCACAGAUGAUGGGAAGGUGGUGAAGGCGGUGUCAGUCAUUAAAGACAACUGGGAGACAGAGGAGGUGAUUCUGGAGGAGCUGACAGUCUUCCAGAGUCCCAUCCUGAGCAUGGAGCUGUCCACCAAGAGAGAGCAGCUUUACGUGUCCAGUGAUCUUGGCGUGGCCCAGCUGGGGCUGCAGAGGUGCGAGUUUUACGGGGCUGACUGCGCUGAGUGCUGCAUGGCUAGAGACCCCUACUGCUCCUGGGACGGCCAAACCUGCUCCAGAUAUUUCCCCACAAGCAAGAGGCGGGCACGCAGACAGGACGUGAAGUAUGGAGACCCCUGGAGUCAGUGUCCAGUCGUGGCGGAUGAUUUGGACUCGGUGGCUGAGAAGGUGAUGUACGGAGUGGAGGGAAACUCCACUUUUCUGGAGUGCAUCCCUCGGUCGCUGCAGGCUGAGCUCAGGUGGACGGUGCUGCGGUCGGACAGCCAGCAGAGGACUCUCAGUCAGGAAAGCAGACGAGAUGAUGAUGACCGCUCCCUCCACAUGAAGCGGGGGUUGCUGGUUCAACGCCUGGAGCUGAACGACGCCGGCCUCUACACCUGCACCAGCCACGAGCACUCCUACAGUCAGGUCCUGGCUCGGUACCGCGUUCACGUCAUCCCCAACCACAGUCUCCAUCCAGUCCGCUACUCACAGAACCACCCAGGCCUCCUGAUACUGGGCAGGACGGGCCCAGUGGGAGGAGGGGUCUCUGGUUUUCUGGGCCAGGUGGGGGCCCCUCACCCAGCGGCUCCUCUGCCGGGACACAGGAACUCGUGGCUGCCGCAGCAUCCUCAGCAGCUUCCUGUGAGGAGCUACAAAGAUCUGCAGAUGGUGGGGAGCAACAGUCUGAGCGUGGACGAGUACUGCGAGCAGCUGUGGUACCGAGAGAAGCGCCGGCAGCAGAAGCUUCGCACCCUGAAGCUGAAACAGGAGAGCAGGAAAGCCCGGGUGAGGAGGAACAACCCCCCUCAGACCCCCCUGUAGUCUCCUGGAGGACACAGAGACUGUUUAAGGACAGCAGUUCCUGUUCAUGCAGAGGACGAGGACAGGUUACAUCCAGACAAUUUGCUCUUACAGCAAAUACAGAAAAUGCAGUUAACGACACUAUAUCUGCUUUAAAAGAACUAACACUCAUGAAACAGGUUGUUUAUACUGAAUUUCUUCAUUUUUAGUUUUUUUUUAUGUUUUUAGCAACUCUUUGUAUUUUCCAGUCUAAUUAGAUGUGUUUAGAAUAAGACUGUUUCAUAUAUUAAGUCAUAAAUAAGCAGAAAAGUAAAAAAGGGAAGUGACUGCACUUUGUUUUAAAGUCUUCCUGCAGAAUUUCAUUAAUAAUCUAAAUAAAAAAUCAUUUACAUAUUUAGAUGUUUUCAUCCAUAAAAAUGAUCCUUCAUGUGUCAGACUAAUGACAGAGCAUUUGCUGGUGUUAUGGAGAGCCCAGUUUCUCUUCUUUGGUUUCUGAUGUUUAUUCAAGUCUGAAUCAGAAUAUCUUAAAAAAAAAAAAAAAACUGUACAUGAUUAAAUAAAUGCUCAUGUCAAGAUGCUAUCUGCCAGUACAAACAAGCAUUGGUAAUGUUUAAUAAGGUUAUUUUUAACGUUUAUUAACAACUGGCAGGCUAGUAAAACCAAAACUUAUGAUGUGAGUAUAAAGGCCCUCAAAAGCCAUUUUCUUUUUCUUGGUUAAUAAAAAAAAGAAAAUGAUUUUAUUUUAUUAUUAUUAUUUUUGUUUUUUGUAUUUGGAAAGGACCACGUGUUUGAGACAGAAACCUUCUAACAAUUUAUUUUAAAAGGUUCCUAAUUUACUAUAACUUUAUCUUGUGGGUGAAUUAUAGAGAUGCUUUCAACAAUCAUCUGUGUAAUCUGUUUGAAUUUGAGGGGAAGCGAGAAAAUUAUUAACAACAAAUUUUGUUAGGAUGAGUUUCCUUGAAAAUUUGGAACAAACAUAAAUAUUAUAAGACUUUAAACCAGGUUUUAGAGUUAGUCAUACUAGAGUCCUGAAGCAGUAAUCAGAUUUAAUUAUUUACUUGUGAUGUACUAAUAUUCUCUACACUGCAGCUGUUUUAUGUCUUUUCUACACAAACUGCAGCUCUGUGCAAAAGUCUUGAGACACUGAGUUUUUAUAUUCGAUCCAGUAAAACAAGCUCAGCAAUUUACUGAAACAUGCAAACAAAUCGUUAGCAUUACAGCAUAAUUCCCAAAGUCAUGUUUUAAGUUUUUCUGAAAUGUUGAUUCACAGUGAAUCAGUGCUGUUAGGAGAGAAGUUGGGCAGAAAUCACAAUUUGGCUGAAAUAUGACUGAAGCAAUUUUUUAGGUUAACAAAAUGUAAAUAUGAGGCAAAGUGGUCUGAACCCUCCUACUCACGCUUUCUGCUAUUACUUUAAGUAGUCUUCAGGAAUAGUUCUCCUUGAAUGACUCCCUAAAGCUCUUCUUUGGAUGUUUCUGCCUUUUGUUCCGUUCUCUGUCCAGAUGAUCCCACACUGCUGCACUAACGUUCAGGUCUGGGCUCUGGGGAGGAGUCAUCCCCCCAUCAGACCUGUUACUGAUUUUCAGUCCAGUUCUUGUGUCAUGGGACAUACCUCAGCCUUUUCUCCCUGUUUCCCUUCCUCAAGAAUGACUUCUUGAAAGUUCUUCCAUGGAAACCAUUUCUAAGGAGGAUUCAGCCAACAGUAGAUGGACUAAAGGUCCAGAUGCAUCUCUUGGGUCCUGGUUCAGGUCUUUGCUGGAUCUGUUCCUGUCUCUUCAGGACAUCACUUUCAGAUUGUUCAUCUGCUGUAGAUCGUUUUUUAGUUCUUCUUCUGUUGUCCUUCUCUGGUCCUGUUUCUUGAAAUGUUUUAAGGACACACUGCACAUCAUGCUGAGAUGUGCCACGUUUUCAGCUGUUUGGGAAUCACCUCGUUGCUGCAGAAAUUCCAUUUUCUGUCUGUCAAACUGUGGUAUCUUUGCUGUGUGAAGAGAUGCAACUACUUCUUAGCCAUCUGUCAUCCUUCGGGGUUGGAGCUUUUUAACUGUUUGAAUGAUUUAUAGGUCAGAGUUAAGUGGCUUAAAGAAGAAAAUUCUCCAAAAAUGGUUGAGUACAAAGACUGGACUGAAAAUGAGCUGAAAAAGUCGGGACUUCUUCUCAGUACGUUACGAAAUCAAAUCUUCCGUUUUGUAGGGCCCAACAGCAGAGGUAAAAUUACCUUCAAAUUCUUUGUUUAAUUACCAUGCAGGUGGAAAUGUUUGAGGAUCUCACACAGACACAUAUUUAUGCUGUAAGUUACUGACAGAAGAUUAAACAGGACAAGUGUUUCACAUUUAACUGUACUUAACUAAAACAUUUUUUCUUACAUGUAUGUAUGUUUGUCUGGGCAUCAUGAUGUGAUAUGGGCCUGCUUGAAAUAUUAUGUAAAGCUCUUUCACAUCCAUGUAUAUUGAAGAACUUUAUUUUUGAUAGAUUAUUUGUUUUUUGUCAGUUUAUAUUACCUUAUAAUCUGUAUUUUAAUUUUUACUACACAACUCUGAUAAGCUUUGAGAUCAAGAGUAACGACGUCUUUACUGUAUGUGAAUAAAUCACAACUCAUAACUUACAUUUUCAAUAAAUGGAAUAAAAACAUA